AUGGAAAGACUCUUCCCAAAAUUUGCAAAUCCCACUAAACUGCAAAAGACAUUGUUGCUCUCUCUUCCGCAGAGAACAUCAUCUUUGAAAAAUUCGCUAGAGGUCUUUUCCAAACACAACGUAAAUCUCACCAAAAUCGAAUCUCGACCCAAUAGGCUUAAUAAGAAGGUUAUUGAUUUUGUUCUCGAUGUUGAUGAAAACACAAACAAGGAAAUUGUUGAUUUGGCAAUUAAGGAAAUGCUAAGUUCGAAAGUUUGCGAAAAUGUAAAAUAUUUGGGAUUUGAAAAUAAUAUUCCGUGGUUUCCAACCAAGAUUUCAGAUAUUGAUUUCUUCACAAGAGAAUGCUUGGAAGCUGGAGGAGAACUACAAUCAGACCAUCCAGGAUUUCAUGACGUUGAAUACCGCGAAAGAAGAAAGAAGAUUUCUGAUAUUGCUUUGAAUUACAAACAUGGAACACCAAUUCCAAGAAUUGAAUACUCUGAAUCUGAAAAUCAAACCUGGAAAUUAAUUUACAACAAAUUAACCAGCCUUUAUCCUAAAUACGCAUGUGAGCAAUACAACACCUUGUUCCCAUUAUUUGAACAAAAUUGUGGAUUUUCGCCAGAAAGAAUUCCUCAAUUGCAAGAUGUAAGCGACUUUUUGUCCUCGACCACAGGGUUCAAAAUUAGACCAGUUUCAGGAUUGCUCACAGCACGUGAUUUUUUGAAUGCUUUAGCCUUUAGAGUGUUCCAUAGCACUCAAUACAUUCGUCAUCACUCUAAACCAUAUUACACUCCUGAGCCAGAUGUCGUGCAUGAAUUACUUGGGCAUGUUGUUUUGUUGUGCGAUCCUGAUUUCGCUGAAUUCUCUCAACAGAUUGGGUUAGCCUCCCUUGGUGCAAGUGACGCUGAAAUUGAUCGCCUUGUUAGACUCUAUUGGUACACUGUAGAGUUUGGGGUUGUUAAGGAAGAUUCACAGAUGAAGGCAUACGGUGCUGGUUUACUAAGCAGUUUUGGAGAGCUGGAAUAUAGUUGUACAGGCAGAUCAUCGGAAACAGAUCAGAUACCACAGUAUCUGCCUUUUGUACCUGAAGAAGCAGCCAUAAGACCAUAUCCAAUCACUCACUAUCAACCAGUCUAUUAUGUUGUUCAGAGUCUUGAAUCAUGCAAAGAUCUGAUCCGACGAUUCGUGAACAAUUCUACUGACAGACCUUUCCAACUGAAAUAUAAUCCUUACACACAGACAGUCGAUGUAUUGGACAGCCAAGAAAAAUUGAUCAGUCUUACCAAGUCAAUACAGAAUAAUCUUGAUUUGCUAAAGUCUUCACUUGCAAAAAUGGGAAAUCUCAAAAUGAGCUUGGAAAAGGAAAUUAACAAUUCAAACUAA